AUGUCAUCGACGGGUGGCGGCUGGGCGCAACUGCGCCAACAAGCGCGCACUCUUGAACAACAAACGGAGACUCUCUUUCACACAUACUCACAGUUCAGUUCGGCGCCGAACAUUCCCUCCAAGCCCUCUGAAGAAGAGUUGCGAGUGGAAGCUCGUCUGCAUGAGGUCCUCGAUCAAAGAGACGGUCUCGUCUCCCAACUAUCAAGACUCCUCGCCUCCGAAUCAGCGCAUUCUGCCUCCGCUGUUAAGCAGAACAACCUUGCUCGACAUCGUGAAAUACUUUCAGACCACCGUCACGAACUUACCCGCCUAAAAUCCACAAUAAGCGAAGCACGAAACAGAGCAAACCUGCUGUCAAAUGUGCGCUCCGACAUCAAUGCCUACCGGUCGUCACAGCCAGGCCAAGCUGAGGCAGACUACAUGUUAGAUGAAAGGUCGCGAAUCGACAAUUCUCAUAACGUAGCCGACUCUGUGUUGAGCCAGGCGUAUGCAGUCCAAGAAAACUUUGGGAUACAAAGAGAGACAAUGGCGAGCAUCAAUCGCAGAAUUGUGGGCGCUGCAAGCCAAGUACCAGGCAUCAACAGUCUGAUUGGCAGGAUCGGGUCCAAGAAGAGGCGGGAUGGCAUUAUCUUAGGCACCUUCAUCGCUUUCUGCUUUUUGAUGUUGUUAUGGUUCAGAUGA